AUGGCUACUACAAUCACGGAACAGUUGGCUGUCCAAACAUUGAAAUUGAACGACAGCUCUUCUGAUCUUGCUUUCUUCGAACCUUUCUCUCUUCCAUCGACUAAUCAACGCAUUCUUACUGCACCGCAUCCUGAGGACACCGUAAUUCCUCUUGCUCUGCGUCCGGCAACGGCCGAACAGCCCACGCUCGACGCAGCAAUCUCCACCGUCAAAUCGCUUCAAACGCAACACGAUGGCUACUUGACCAAGAAACUUGCUACACAUGGCGCCCUGCUCUUCCGCAAUCUCCCCAUUCAUUCGGCCGACGAUUUCAGUCGUUUCGCACAUGCGUUUGGCUACUCUCCGCACGAGAUUAUCGGAAUCGUGGUGGAUCGACCGCUCCUAGCACCCAAUGUCGCCCCAGCCAACGAGGCACCCAAGGAAGUGCUCAUAUAUAACCAUAACGAGUCCCCGCAAGUGCCUCAUGCGCCCGAGUAUAUAUUUUUCUACUCCCACAAGGCCCCCGCAAAGGGAAGCGGCGGAGAAACUCCGAUCUCGUCCAGUUUAGAGCUGUUCAAUCGUGCCAACAGGGAAAUUCCCGAGUUUAUUGACCAACUAGCCACCAAGGGUGUCCUAAGCCAGGUCACAUACAAAGUAGACAAGCAAUACGAAGGUGGCUCAACGCUACGCCAGGCUUUUGGGAAAGAGAUUGUCGAGGGCGAUGAUCUCGAGACGCGGAAGCGUAAGAUAGAGGAUCAGAUCAAGCGGUAUGGAAGAGGCAAACAUACAUCCUGGAAAUGGGAGGAUAGUGACCAGACUUUGGUUGUGACGCAUCAUCUGCCAGCGAUACGAACACAACAAAGUACUAAUUUGCCGACGCUAUUUACCGGGCUAGCAGCAUAUUACAAUAAUUCUCAAGCAAAUAACACCGGAAAGAGAAAGAAUGUUACCCAGGUGUUAUUUGGCGAUGGAACGCCUAUCCCUGAGAAAUAUCUCAUCCAUCUUGUCAAAAUCACAGAUGAUAUUAGGGUCUUGCAUCAUUGGGAACAGGGAGACAUACUCGUGUUUGAUAAUGUGAUUGCACAGCAUGGAAGACAGCCGUGGACUGGAGACCAGAAGGAUAGGGUAGUGCUCGCCAGUUUGUUUGAUGCAGAGAGCGUACCAGGCAAUUAUGGCUAUGGCGACUGGGCUCAAGUAGUGCAAGCACUUUCUUGA